AUGGAAUCAUACAACUCAUCAUUUUUGUGGACUUUAAUGGUUGUUUUCUUACUAAAUAUCAGUUUUUUGUCGGUUCAGGGGCUCGGGGUGAACUGGGGUACGCGUGCAACGCACCCUUUGUCACCCGAUAUCGUUGUGAAGUUAAUGAAGGAUAACGGGUUUGAUAAAGUCAAAUUGUUUGAAGCCGAGCCUUUCGUGUUGGAUGCACUUAGGAAUUCGGGAAUUCAGGUUAUGCUUGGGAUUCCGAAUGAUUUCUUGGCAACGUUAGCAAGCGGUGUCAGGGUUGCAGAGGAUUGGGUGACGAAAAAUGUUUCUGCGUAUGUUUCACGUGGAGUCGAUAUAAGGUACGUAGCGGUUGGCAACGAACCUUUUUUGAAGACGUACAAAAAUAUGUUCACAAACGCAACUCUCCCGGCGGUUCAAAACAUUCAAGCCGCCUUAAUUAAAGCCGGUCUAGGCCGGCAAGUCAAAGUAACAGUUCCACUAAACGCCGACGUUUAUGAAAGCUCCUCCGCCGGCGUUCCAUCGGAGGGCAAUUUCCGGGCAGAUAUCCAUGAUCUCAUGAUCUCCAUCGUCCAAUUUCUAAGCGAUAACGCCGCUCCGAUCACCAUCAACAUCUACCCUUUCCUCAGUCUCUACGCUGAUCCGCAUUUUCCGAUCGACUUCGCUUUCUUCUCCGGAACAAACGCACCCGUCGUCGAUGGCUCGGUCUCGUAUACGAACGUGUUUGAUGCCAAUUAUGAUACACUCGUGUGGGCCCUCGAGAAGAAUGGGUUUUCGUCGAUGCCGAUAAUUGUUGGCGAGAUCGGGUGGCCAACGGAUGGUGACUCGAAUGCGAACCUACAAUACGCUCGGAAGUUCAACCAGGGUUUAAUGAGUCGAAUAAUACGAGGACAAGGUACGCCGAAACGGAAAACCCCACCGGACGUUUACGUGUUCGGGCUGAUUGACGAGGAUGCGAAAAGUGUAGAUCCCGGGAAUUUUGAACGACAUUGGGGCAUUUUUAAAUACGAUGGGAGUGUCAAGUACAAACUUGACAUGGGAAAGAACCGAACCUUGGUCCCAGCUAAAGGGGUCCGGUACUUUCAAAAACAGUGGUGCGUACUGGCACCGGGGGCGAGUGAAUCAGACCCUAAUUUGGCUGAUAGUAUCAGCUACGCUUGCACUCAUGCUGAUUGUACAAGUUUAGGUUACGGAUCAUCGUGUAAUGGCUUGGAUGCUCGGAGUAAUGCAUCGUACGCAUUUAACAAGUAUUUUCAAACGUUAAACCAACAAAAAGGAGCAUGUGAUUUUCAUAAUUUAUCGGUUAUUACGAAAAUCCAGCCAAAAACAGGAAAGGCGGGCUGCGAAUUUGAGAUCAUGAUCGAUCUCGGGAAGCACGAGAAGGCACGGAAGACACCGGCAUCGGCAGCGGCCGGGAGAUUGCAAGGUUACGGCUACUUGGCAAUCGUUGCGUUUCUUUUGUCAUCGAUCGUUGGAUGGGUUUCAUGAGGAGUUUUAGUUUUGAAUCUUACAAGAUUGUAUUAUAAGUGUAU